AUGCUGACGGGCUUGGACCGAGACGGAGAGGUAGAAGAAGGGGGAAGACGCCCCCUGUCCAAGUGCUGCCCCCCCAAGGUGAUGGGCUGCCUGUUUGACCGGAGGCUGUGCUCCCCCAAGGAGGUGUGUGUGCAGGAUGGGCUGUUUGGGCAAUGCCAGGUGGGCUCCGUGCAGGACAGACCCUACUUCCAGGUCACCUCUCCUGUGCUCCAGCGCCUGCAGGAUGUCUUGCGGCACCUCAUGGCACAAGGGCUCUCGUGGCAGGAUGGCAUCACCCAGUAUGUGAUCUCGCAGGAGAUGGAGCGCAUCCCCCGCCUCCGCCCACCAUCCCCGCUGGACCCAGCAGGCAGGGACAGGUUCCUGCCCCUCCGCAGCUCCCCACGGCAAGCCCCGCUCCCCGCAGACCCUGGCCUGCCAGCAGCUGAGCAUCUGGGGCAGCCCCCACCACUGCUGUCCUCCCCCCUGCUGCAGCGGUACCUGGAGCAUCUCCUGCUGCCCCCCCCACCCCAGCUUGGCUAUGAGGAGGCUGUGCUCAACCCCUACUCCUACCACAAGUUCAGCUACCAGGACACUGCUCACCCGCUCCCCAGCAGCUCCGCCAGGCAGAGCCCCGAGGCCUCCUCACUGCUGGGCCGGGUCCCUGCCCAGGCCCUCUUUGGGACCAGCCCUGUGGCCUCCUAUGGUGGGCAGCCAGGAACGGAUGGAGGGCAUCUCUUCCAGGACUUGGGCAUGCUUUCCCUGCCCAGAGAGAAAGCAAGCCACCCAGACUCUGCCAGCACCAGGCUCCAGCACAGCUUGCGGCUCCCCAGUGACUACAGGAACGUGGAGGAGAGGGAGCAGCCAGCACCCCUGGCUGCCCAGCCACCUCCUGCACAGACAGAUGCCGCCCUGAAGAGACUGGCCUCCCUCCUGGCCAGCUAUGGCCUGGGGCUGCCGGAGCUGGGCCCCCAGCAGCUGAGCAGCCUCUCCACCCUCCUGCAGCUGCUCCAGAGCUCUGGUGUUGCUGGCCCUGAAGUGCCCACAGCGAAACGGGUGGGGUUGCAGCAGGGUGGUGCUGGAGGAGGUGCAACAUCGCAGGUGACAGAAGGGGACAUGCAGCACAGAGAGGAGCCAGUAUACCCUUCCUCCACGGUGCUGCCCCCCAAAAUCCCAGCCAGUAGCUCCCCAGGGGAUGGGCUGAGAGGCAGGGCAGCAUCCUCACCAGCCCCCCAUGCUGAGCCACAGCAAGGACAUGGUGGGAAUGCACUCAGGCCUGAAAAUCCGAUCGUAGUGGAGAAGAAGAGCUACAAAGAGACCAAGGAUGGUGGGGCACAGCAGGGCACACGGCCACCGGAUGAGUAUGGCUACAUCAUCACGGACCAGAAGCCCCUGGGGCUGGCUGCUGGUGUGCGGCUGCUGGAGCUCCUUGCCAAGCACCUCCACCUCUCGACGGCCAGCUUCAUCAGCAGCAGUGUCGUGGGCCCUGCACUCACCUUCCGCAUCCAGCAGAACCCCCAGAACUUCUCACUGUCAGAUGUGGCCAGCCAGGCCGAGCAAGCGAAGGCAGAGCUGGAGGCAGAGCUGGGCCUCAAGGUCGUGCAAACAGGAGUGGGAGAGGCUCCGGUGGCGCCGGCGGAGACUUCGCGGGUCAGCAGCGUCUCGUCCCAGUUCAGCGAUGCCCCGCAGCCCAGCCCCAGCUCCCACAGCAGCACACCCUCCUGGUGCGAGGAGCCCGUCCAGUCCAACAUGGACAUCUCAACUGGACACAUGAUCCUGGCCUAUAUGGAGGACCACCUCCGCAACCGGGACCGGCUGGCGAAGGAGUGGCAGGCUCUCUGUGCCAGCCAGGCUGAGCCCAGCACCUGCUCCAUUGCCCAAAGCGAAGCCAACCUGAAGAAGAACCGCAAUGCUGACUGUGUGCCCUAUGACCAUGUGCGGAUCAAGCUGAAACCCGAGAGCAACCCUUCCCGCAGUGACUUCAUCAACGCCAGUCCGAUCAUUGAGCACGACCCACGGAUGCCAGCAUACAUUGCCACCCAGGGGCCUCUGUCCCACACUAUCGCUGACUUCUGGCAGAUGGUGUGGGAGCACGGCUGCACUGUCAUCGUCAUGCUGAGCCCGCUGGCUGAAGACAGUGUCAAGCAGUGUGACCGCUACUGGCCGGAUGAAGGCUCCUCUCUCUACCACAUUUACGAGGUGAACCUGGUGUCGGAGCACAUCUGGUGCGAGGAUUUCCUGGUGCGCAGCUUCUACCUGAAGAAUGUGCAGUCGCAGGAGACCCGCACUCUGACGCAGUUCCACUUCCUCAGCUGGCCGGCCGAGGGCAUCCCUGCCACCACCCGGCCCCUCCUCGACUUCCGCAGGAAGGUGAACAAGUGUUACCGGGGUCGCUCCUGCCCUAUUAUUGUGCACUGCAGUGACGGUGCAGGCAGGACCGGGACAUACAUCCUUGUCGAUAUGGUCCUGAACCGAAUGGCCAAAGGGGUGAAGGAGAUAGACAUAGCUGCUACGCUGGAGCACAUCCGGGACCAGCGGCCUGGCAUGGUGCAGACCAAGGACCAGUUUGAGUUUGCACUGACGGCCGUAGCUGAGGAAGUGAACGCCAUCCUGAAGGCACUGCCACAGUGA